AUGAAUUCUAAUGCACUCAAUUUCCGAAUCCCAGUACAACUUGCGAAUUUAACUUCACUUUCUACUCUCUACUUGUCUGGUUGUAGAUUACAAGGUUCUGUACCUUAUCUUCCUCAGCUGAAAGUGCUCGAUGUUAGUUAUAAUCCUCGUCUUAAUCCUGAUCUAACUAGGAUGUUUCAACAUCAGUGGCCUAAGCUUCAAAAACUCAGAAUAUCAUAUACUAAUAUAAGCGGAUCAAUUUCAAAUGCACCGAUGUUGGUUAGUCUUGAUGCUGCUCGUUGUUCAAUUCAAGGAUCUUUGCCUUCUUGGAUCUACAAUCUAAAGCUCCUAACCAAUCUCGACUUGUCUGACAAUAAUUUCCAAGGUCCCAUAUCAAAUUCAAUAUCCAACCUAAAAUUCCUAACCAACCUCGACUUGUCUGGUAAUAAUUUCCAAGGUCCCAUACCAGGUUCAAUAUGUGAGCUCAUUUCUCUUCGAGAACUUUAUUUAGACAAUACUAAUAUAACAGGAACCAUACCAAGUUGCAUAUCGAAUCUUCAUAACCUUAGUAUUUUUUCUGUCUAUAAUAACUCAAUUGAGGGAAGCGUUUCAUUGAAAUCUCUGAUUAACGAUCUAAACCUAACAAUCAUAGAUCUGAGCUCAAAUAGGCUUACGGUAGAUAUAGAUCAAAAUAUCAGUUUGUAUUCAAAAUUCAAACUAGAGUAUCUUCUUUUGAAAUCUUGCAAUCUAAAAGGAUUAUUCCCUACUUUCAUCUGUAAAUUGACUCAUCUUAGUUCUUUGCACUUGUCUCAUAAUCACCUGACAGGAGUUAUUCCUUCUUGUAUCUCAAAACUCAAAAAUCUCGCUUCAUUUGGUGUAUCAAAUAAUACACUCAGUGGUAAAAUCUCAAUAGAAAUUGGAAAAAAACUAUCUUCUUUUGAUUCCAUUAAUCUAGCUGGGAAUCAACUUUCGGGUUCAAUUCCCUCUUCUAUAUGUUCAAAAAGUUCACGAUUUUUUGUUCGAAUAAUCGACCUCUCAAACAACAGAUUCUCAGGGGUUAUACCAAACACCUUAGGGUAUUGUAAGAAUCUUGAAAUAAUCGACCUCUCAAAUAACAGAUUCUCAGGGGUUAUACCAAAUACCUUAGGGUAUUGUACGAGUCUUCAAUCACUAAACCUUGGGAGCAGUAAUCUCACAGGAAAUGUUCCAAAUGAGAUUGAAAAAUUAGAAUCGUUAAGUGUUCUUCAACUACAAGGCAACCAUCUCGAUGGUACUCUUCUCAACUUCAUCAGUAAACUACCUUCGUUCGUAGUUCUUAACUUGGCGAAUAACCAAUUCGAAGGAAGUAUACCCACGACACUAUUUGGUGCACACUAUUCCUUAAGUAUCAUUUCUUUAAGGUCAAACAAGUUCAAUGGAUCAAUUCCUGAUGAAAUUCAAAAUUUGAAUCAACUGCAAAUUUUGGACUUAUCGCACAACAAUUUCUCCGGCCAUAUUCCUAAGCAAUUAGGAGGCUACUGGAUGAAUUUAACAGGCGCAUCUCAAUAUCUUAACGAAGUGUAUGACAUUCAUUUGCAAAUGGUGAUCAAUGGGAUCAUGUUGGAAUUUGAAAAAAUAUACACUUAUACCACGGGAUUGGAUCUAUCUUGGAACAUGCUUGAUGGUAACAUUCCAACAGAGAUAGGUCGGUUAAGCGAACUUGCAAGGCUCAAUUUGUCCCACAAUCAUUUUUCGGGUAACAUACCUGCGAGUAUUGGAGAUAUGUCUAAGUUAGCUUCCCUGGACUUAAGUUUCAAUAGACUAUCCGGGCAAAUCCCACAAUCGUUAACAUCACUGGACUCUCUUGGGGCUCUUAACCUAUCUUACAAUGAGUUGAGUGGUCAAAUUCCAAAAGGGAUUCACUUUAGCACGUUGGAUGGUGAUGGAUGGGCUUUUGUUGGGAAUGCAUUAUUGUGUGGAGAACCUACAAAGAAUGUUUGUGAAGUGGAAGAAGAUGAUCAAGAAAAUUACCAAGAAGAUACAAAUGAGAAAUUGAUAUUGUAUAGUAUUAUUUCUUUGGGGUUUAUAUUGGGAUUUUGGGGUCUAUUCCUUGUGAUGCUUAUAAAAAAGGAGAAAUGGUGGUUUCCAUAUUGGAGAUUUAUCGAUUCUACUGUAGCUGUGAUCAUAAGAUGUAUUCAAAGUGAUACUACUACCUGA